CAGAAUAUUUUGGCAGAGAUAUAACAGUAACGGUGAUUGUGAAUCUAUGUUCAAACAAGGUGUUUGUCAAUAAUAAUUGGCAUAUAUCGCGUUCCGGAGACAAUCUUUAAAAUCGGGACAAGUAACUGAAUGGUAAUAUCGUUUCAGGAACACGCUCUGCCAGUGUCAAAUCAGUGGAUAAAUCUAAGGAAUAAAAGCAUUGGCAUGUUCAUGCAAUAAAUGAUAUAAGAAUACAAACCGAUGAAUAAAUAUGUCUAGAAGAAAGGUUACACGUCAAAAACCAGUGCAUCUGGAUAAUUUCCGGAGCGAAUAUGAUGCCAGAACAAAUGUUGGUGGUAAAAUAAUAAAUUCUUAUAGAGGAUCUAAAAUAGAAAAUUGCUUUAGAGAUAUAGAAAAUACACUAAACACAUACCCAGUUGGGUAUGUUAAAGUCAAUAAACACGGACUGGACAGUGGUAUAUUCCACGCCGAUAUUCCACAACACGAUGAAGGUGAAUAUGUUACAUUGGUAGCUGGCCAAAUUGACAAAGCCAAAGGAAAUAUUUUGUUAGGAACUUUUUCAAAGGAGAGAUUUAACAAUUCUGAGAGAGAUCCGGACUGUUGGCACGGACAGAAGGAAAACAUCUCGCCUAUAAAUGAACCAGGACAACCUGGGGACAGUUUUAGUGACGAUAGUGAUGUGUAUGUUAUUCUGCGUGGUGACAAUGUCGCAUCCGACGAUUCUUCUUCAGUAGAGCAAAACAAGCUGCACCCUAAUGUAGAAGGUAAAACUAAUAAUUUAGAGACCUUGGUUUUUCGUGGCUCACAAUAUCAGACUGAUAAAUUGACCGCCAAGGCUUUAACAGAGCCUUUGUCGCCGCAGUUAAGAUAUCAGCCGUAUCUAAAAAUAGAACCUUUCUCUGAUACAGAAAGUUUAGUAAGUGCUGCGGUGAAUCAGAAAGAGUACCUAAAACAGCUGAGAGAGUUUGGGCAAUCUGUGGACGGUGCUGCUUGGAAAAGAAAGUUGUGGCAAAUGGAAGAUAAGAAAACCGGAACCGGGCUCUCGCCACAAGAGGGCACUGAUAUUCCUGAAUCUGGUAAAUCUAAUGAGAUUGCAAGUACUGCGGAUGGAAAAUCUUUACCGGUAAAAGACGCCAGUGAUAAUUGUGACACCACUCGGCCACAUGUUAAAAUAGCAGAAAAUAGCGAUAACGUGCUAUUAGAAGACAUUAUUCAGGACUUUCUUCAAUAUUUUCAAUCAAAGAGACAUUCUGUGAAAACGCAUCGAGAAUCUAUUCAUACAGAGAAUAAAUGUGAUCAAAUACCAGAAAAUGAAGGUUGCAAGGUAACAGACGAUUCACAGGACAAACUGGAUAUAGGUCAAGCUUCAAUGAAUACAGAGAACGGGUCACAAGUGCCUUACACAGAGAAAUUAGACGACACACCCUCACCGCCGCCUAGACGCUCACAUGCAGAUAAAUCACAUGAGCAUCGAAAUCAGCAUGGUGAUCAUGAAUAUCCAUCAAGGAAUUACACUGAAAGGAACUCUGCUGAUUCCCAUCAGUGUGAUGUUGAAAAGACAGUAACUUCAUCACGAUCACCUUCCAUUAGGAAAAGGGACAUCAUGAUGCGGAGAUAUAAUUCCACGUCCGUGUUACCAACAGUUACACCGGUCGACAUGAAUAAAAACCAUCUAAUGGAAUCCAGCGGCGACUUCUCUGUUCCUGCAAAUGGGCAUUUUGAUAAUGAAAUUAGGGAAAAUUCGCUCGUAAAUGGAAACAAGUCGGAAUUUCACCCUGACGAAGACCAGUUUGACCACACACUUGCGCACAUGGAUAUCGUGGGAGAAAGUUAUGAGGCAAGGUAUCCAUGGCAACGUGAUAUAUCAACGCAGUGCAACCUUUCUGGCUAUAGAAAUAGUGUAAGCAGCGGAAGUGUAAGUAGCGGAAGCGAAUGGAGUAACUAUACUGCAGCAAAUAAUCAAAAUUGCAGCAACUAUAUUAAUUCCAAUUACAUGAAUAAUAAUAAUAACCCAGCUCGAAGACAGUCAAGUGAUAACAUUCGCCGGAGACAUCAUGUCUUCAAAACUCGACGUCCACGUUCCAUGACAUGCUUGGAGUCAGACAAUAUUUAUAACAAUAAUUCGGAUAUGUACCGUUCGGAUUCAAAUUUGAAUUACAGACAUGGACGUACAUUGUCGGAUAUAUGUAUACCAAAUUCACCUAACAGGAAGCGCAUGCCACUACUGCUUGCAGACGAUCCCGGGUCUGUGUCAGAUCUGGAGUCAAUCUUGGAGAUUCCUCAUGACGGAAAUCCGGACAGAAAUCAUAGUGUGGGAGGGGAAAGUUUGUCAACUGACAUAUCAUCUCAUCUUAGACGACUCGAAGAGGUUCGAGGAAGUUUAGCUGACUUAUCACGUGACAGCUCAGAUCCGGCUAGUGUGUGGAAUUCUUCUACUGGUGAACAUCUUCGUAACGUAUUGCUGUCACCAAGGGUAUCACCGGAGAUGUGGAGCGAAGUGCCUGAGGUGGUGGUAAACACUGAACGAGAUGACUAUAAUCCUGGGGAGAUGUUACGGUCUAUGAACUGGAACUCAAAUUUUCUCUCCGUCCCAAGAAAACCACAACGUCGACUAAGCUCAGCGAGCUUGCAAAGUGGUUCAGAUGAGAGCGAUAAUGAAAUAUCACCCCCAGUAGCUAGGAGAGGUCGCAGAGCAGCUAUUGUAGACACAAAGAACUUUGGUGACGUGUCUCCUACGACAUUAUCCCCCGAGGUGUCACCCAGUAAUUCUUGUGACGAAGGAGAAUCAGGAAGUAAUAUAGCGGAACGACUCCGGCGACGGCGAAGUUCGCAUGAUGUAUCAAUGAAUGUAUAUCCUGGUGACCUUCUGGUACAGGAACAUCAUAAAAAGCUCAUCAAACGAAAUACUAUCUCAGAUUUCUACGCUGGACGAAAUGGGUCGACUCCAGCUCUUAGCGAAGAUAACAAAAAGCAGCGUCAGCCAUUUUCAUUACUGAAAUUGAUGAAGACAAGGAGUAAAGAAUCUCUGCAUUUAAAUGAUGUUCUUAAAGAAUUAAAACCUUCUGAGUUUAAAGACAAUCAUCUUGCAGCAUACAAGAAUGUGCAUUGGACAGACCUCAUUGCCAGUACAGACAAACAAAGCUCUGUAGCUGACACACUCAACAUAUCAGCAAUGGAACGGAAACGACGUGAAUCUGUCUGGGAACUGUUUAAAAGUGAAUGCGUCUUCCUUAUAGACCAUCUCAUGGUUCUCAAACAUUGUUUUCUAGAGCCUUUGAAGAAGUGCCAAGUGGAAGGUUUCCUUAUGUACGCAGAACCAUCGGAGAUAUUUAGCAAUCUUGAUGAACUCUGCUAUGUAAGCUAUACAUUCUGCAAAGACUUCAUUGCCUCGUUAUUAAAGGACAUGAGCGCUACGGAUUUCGGCUCUACGGCGGUGUUGAUAAAAGCAUUUCAAAGGUUUUCCAAGCAUUCCAAAGAUGGGAGCGUUUACCACACAUACUGCCUAAAUUACACAAACGCUUUGUCAUACCUUGAAAAGUUGCGGAAAAACGACGAUUUUUGUGAAUACGAAAAGUGGUGCGAGCAAGACCAAAGAUGCAAUCGGUUACAGCUAGCCGAUCUGUUGAUAGGACCAAUGCAGCAUUGUACAAAAUUGCCUUUGCUUCUGCAUAACAUACAGAAAUAUACAGAGGACCAUGUAGAGAAAACACAGAUUGUAGAGUCAAUAGAGAAGGUGGAAAUGUCGUUACGACAACUUGAGGAGAAAAUGAAAUGGUUGAAGAAUUUUGAGCGUGUCCAGGAAAUCCAACGCCACCUUAUCUGGCCAUCAAUUACUGAUCUCGACUCACGAGCUUUCAUUCCAGAGUAUUUAAAACCAAAACUAUCAAGGCAGCCUUGUGAACGGUUGCUGGCCUGUCCUUCCAGACAGCUUAUCCACGAAGGUGCAAUUACACUUACAGAAUCUACAAAGUCAUUUGAUGCCUAUUUGUUUUUAUUCGACGACAUUUUGCUCAUUACCAAAAUAAAGAAACCAAACCGAAAAAAACAAUCGUCAUCAGAUAUCCAUUCAGCUACGGGCCAACCAGACAAUCAAAUGUACACUGUUCACAGGCAGCCUAUUGCAUUGGACCGGCUAGGUGUUCAUGAUGUGAUGCCACACGAAGCUGCCGCUAAUGGACUUAAGUGCGCCUUUGUGAUAGUACAAAUCAGUAGAUUCCAACAGAUUAUUGACGUGUUCACGUUACAAGCAGCAUCAGAUGCUGUGAAGGGAACUUGGAUAUCGCAAAUUUUAGAGGUGAAGGCUCGUUGCCGUGCAUGUAGCAACAACAAAGGGAAUUCGUCAAAAGAAAACGAGGAUCCAAGUCCUACAGGCUGUGGAAAGAAAGGGAGACAUGGGAAGUCACUAUCAAUCGAUGCAGUAUUCUUAUGACACUUUCCCUACCAAAGAGAUAAUUGGAAAGGCGGGAUGACUAUUGCUUCUAUGCAGGAAGAGAUACGUGAUACAUGAGAUAUAGAAAUAAAUCUGUCUGCAUGAUAGCAUAUGUCUUGCGACAAGACUCCCAGACAUAUUUUGUCGGCGCCAAAUCCAGGAGAUGAUGUUUGUGUUCAUAUUUAUAAAAAUUAUAUGCCACAGUUUUGAUGUUUUAUCAAUACUGGCUUAGAAAAUAUACGUUGUAUAUAUAAGCCGUUGGCAUGCUCUUUCAUUCGAAUCGUACCAAUAGGUGAGAUCAUGACAGAUACGGGUUGUAUCGAAGAAAGUUUUAAAAAGCAGUUUGUAUGCGAACUGUGAUGUAUACAGGAGGUAAACGGGAGCCGUUGGAGAGUUGUGCCGGUAAUGAACGUUGCACGUUCAUAUUUUACAUGUAUACGCCCUGCUGUCUCUCUAUCAUUGCACCUUAUUUUUGUGGAGACAAAAAAUAUUAUGUUGUUUGUAAUUUUGUUUUUAUAUCUGUGAUAAAAUAUAUUUAACUUUCUUAUUGUUUAUCCUUAAAGGUCUAAAUGUGGGAAAUUUGUGUUCAUGAUAAUAGCAUUUGAAGAGUUAAAACCUGUGAUAAAAUGUAUAUUUUAUGAAUAUUAUAUCAGUUUGCAGGAUUAUUAGCGCAGAAGAAUUUGUUAUCUGAUACUAAGUUAUGCUGUUUCAGUCAGAAUUAUUCAUAAACAAACCAUAGCAUUUGCAGAACAUCGGGUAAAACUUAAAAAGAUCCAUGUAACUUUGAAGAAUAAAAGGGGUUCUUUGUUAACAAGACAUCAUCGAUCGGUUAACUGUCUUAUUGUGUAAAGAAAGGGAGAACAUAUAUUUUGUAACCAAACCCUGAACUGUUUUAAUCUAAAUGAUUAAGAUUUUCGCACAUAAUUCUGUUUAAACUGUUGAUCUUACACUCAACUGCUUUGAAACUAAUAUUUGGGAACAACUAUUUCAGAAAACAAAUGCUAACCUGGAGUUACGUGAUGCCCCGUACUCUUCUGAUACAAGAAUAAGGGAUAGAUAAAUUAUAGCGGAGACUGGUCAUUUUAAAAUGAUGUAUCACUUAAACUUAUCUUAAAGAUAGGACGGAGGACAGUUUUUUUUUUCUUUCUUAAAUGGAAAUAUAUUAUGAAACGGACCCGUUGCCAAUGGAAAUAUACUUGUACAGAUUUAUAUCUAUUAUCAAAUACUGUAUAACAAAUCUUAUCAUAAAUAAUUGCAAAGCAGUUAAAUGUCCAAGACAAACUAUGAUUUAUUGUAUGUGAUUGGUUGCCUUAAAUGCAAUGUAAGUAUCUACAAAUCUUUAGUAUAAAUGCCUGUGAUGUACUCGGUUUUGUAUUUGUUGCAUUAAGUAAGCAUUAUUAAAUUAUUUCAAUUCAACGGUCCAUAACUGAUGUUACCUAUUGACGGUCUCGUAAAUAAAAUUAUUUUAUGAAA